AUGUCACUGGACCACAGCCCCACCGGCUCCCUCGUCGUGUACGGCGAUGACAUCGAGGAGGCCAUGUCCCCCAACCGGAGCGUCGCCGCCGUGGCCGUCAAGGACGGCGACGCCUCCGUGUACAAGAUCAUCCACGGCUUCCUCAAGCAGAAGAACAACUCCAUCAUCAACGUCGCCGCCAGCGUCGCCCGGAAAGCGGCCUCCAACAAGCUGUCGAGGAAGACUUCGGAUGUUUUCGACACCCUGAUUCAGCAGCAGCAGAGCAGGCUGGGGAACAAGACCGGGCCUCUGCUCUCCGGGAUAUCCUACUGCAUAGCCUCUUGCAGCAUGAUAUUGCUCAACAAGGUGGUUCUCUCCAGCUACAACUUCAAUGCCGGCAUCUCACUCAUGUUGUACCAGAAUCUUAUAUCUGUGGUCAUUCUUGUGGCACUCGAGUUCUUCAGCGUAAUUUCAACGGAAGAACUGACAUGGAAGUUGAUCAAAGUCUGGAUCCCAGUUAAUCUCAUUUUUGUUGGAAUGCUAGUAACCGGAAUGUACAGUUUGAAGUACAUAAAUGUUGCCAUGGUGACGAUAUUAAAGAACAUGACAAACAUUUUAACAGCCCUAGGGGAAAUAUAUGUUUUCAGGAAGGGUCAGAACAAACAGGUUUGGGCUGCCUUGUGCAUGAUGAUUGUAUCAGCUGUAUGUGGCGGUAUGACAGAUCUUUCUUUCCAUCUAAUUGGUUACACUUGGCAGAUUUUGAAUUGCUUUCUGACGGCAGCCUAUUCGCUUACACUGAGACGCCUGAUGGACACGGCCAAACAAUCAACGAAAUCUGGUUCCCUCAAUGAAGUUUCUAUGGUGUUACUUAACAAUGCGCUCUCGAUCCCUUUCGCGGCCAUUUUGAUUAUUGUCUUCAAUGAGUGGGAAUACGUUUAUCAAACCGAAGUUAUUAGAGAGCCCAUGUUCUGGGUUUUUGCCACAGCCAGCGGGUUGUUAGGACUAGCGAUCAGCUUCUCAUCCGUGUGGUUUUUACAGGAGACUGGCCCAACAACUUACAGUCUUGUUGGCUCACUAAACAAGAUACCCAUUUCGGUCGCUGGUGUCUUGCUAUUCAACGUCCCUGUUAGCGUGGAAAAUUUGUUCAGCAUAGUUUUCGGUCUUUUCGCUGGGAUAUUCUUCGCAAAGGCAAAGAUGUCCAAGUCCUAA